CUGUCCAGCUCCGCCUCCCUCCGCAGGGGAAAACUCCUCUUCACUUCCAGCCGUCGACGGAUUUCCAAAGCUGCGGCCACUGUUUCAAGCUACUGGAUUUGUGUUUUAAAACCGACUCCGGCUGUUCGCAGAAGCAGAAUGUGAAGGUUUCUGCUGUAAAAGACGCCAGACUUUUUGUGAGAAGAUGGACGCCAGUUCGUAGCUAACGAAACCUUCAAGCUGCAGAGUUGUCUUCGUUCUUAAAGCGCAGAUCCCUUUGUCUUCAGUCAUGGCUCGGGGUUGCAUUUGUUGUGUGAAAUACAUGCUCUUCCUCUUCAACCUCUUCUUCUGGCUGGGCGGAUGCGGGUUGUUGGGUGUCGGAGUUUGGCUUUCAGUUUCCCAGGGCAGCUUCGCCACCCUGUCCCCUUCCUUCCCUGCUCUCUCGGCCGCCAACCUCAUCAUCACACUGGGCACCGUUGUCAUGGUGACGGGUUUCCUGGGCUGCCUGGGUGCCAUCAAGGAGAACAAGUGUCUGCUGCUGAGUUUCUUCAUUGUUCUCUUGAUCAUCCUUUUGGCUGAACUGAUCCUCCUCAUCCUCUUCUUUGUGUACACAGACAAGGUGAGGGAAAACGCCAGACAGGACCUAAAAGAGGGGCUGGUGCUGUACAACACAGAGAACAAUGCAGGCCUGAGGGAUGCUUGGAACACCAUACAGAAAGAGUGGAAGUGCUGUGGCGUGACGAAGCCAGACGAUUGGUCCAGCAUCAUGCAGGAGAACGUCGUUCCAGACAGCUGCUGCCAGCAGCUUCACCUGAACUGUGGUCGCAACGCGUCAAACGCCUUCUGGACACAUGGUUGCUAUGAUAAGGUGGAGCAGUGGGUGGAUGACAACAAACACCUGCUGGGAACAAUUGCCAUGUGUGUGUUGGUCAUACAGCUGCUGGGCAUGGCGUUCUCCAUGACGCUUUACCAACAGAUCCACCGAGCCGGAAAGAAAUACGAAGCUUAACCGGAUCCAAACUGGUUCCAGAUCAGCUCUGGUACUCCGACCUUCAUAGUUUAGAAAGCCAGUUAACAUGUUUGCCACUGUUACUAUUUUUACUUCCUCUAUGCACUCAAAUAUUCUGUUUUAACAUUUAGAAUAGUUUAUACACUUUCUUUUUAUAAGCCUUGACUGAAGAUAUAUUGGCAGUAGAUCAGGUUUAAAUCUGUGGAAAGUGAUUCUCAAUGACAAUGUUCAAUAAAGGCUGAUAUUGAUCACCAA